GAAUGUGGGCAGAGAGAAGCCGGUUAAUGGCGUCUGCCCGUGUGCGGCGUGUCUUCGCUUGUAUGACUUGUGUGUGUGUGUGGUUAGUACGACAGAGAGAGAGAGAGAGAAAGUGGCGGCGCCGAAGCCAGUUUCGCGAUAGUGGGAGAGAAGGCAACUACUAAUUUAUCACUCAGAGACGCGGUGAACGGCUCGCGGUGAACGCGUAACCCCUCCCGGGGCAUUUGGUUCUUUAAUGGAUAAACACAGUGUGCCGGUCUCAUCCGCGAUGGCGUAAAUACACAACAGUCCAACGUGGUUGGAUUACAACACAGCAAACUCUCAUUUGUGAUAAAAAUAUGAAGACAAACAAUCAGUGUUUCACAGUGGACAUUGACCUGGAGGAUGACAUGAUGACAGACCAGGUUCUUCACAUUCCAUCAGCAAUGAGAGCUGUUGUGCUUGCCCUGACUGUAGCCCUUGUGGCAAGUCAACAGAUCAACCUUGUUCCUGAGUUUGCCCUCGAUAAAACCUACGUGUACAAGUAUGAGGCUCUGCUUUUGGGCGGUCUCCCUCAUGAAGGUCUGGCAAGAGCUGGUUUAAAAGUCAGCAGCAAGGUUCUCCUCAGUGCUGUGACAGAGAAUACCUACCUGAUGAAGCUCCUGGAUCCUGUACUUUAUGAGUACAGUGGCAUCUGGCCCACGGACUCUUUUGCUCCAGCCACUAAACUCACCUCAGCACUGGCUCCUCAAUUCCAGAUUCCCAUCAAGUUUGAGUAUUCUAAUGGUGUGAUUGGAAAGGUAUUUGCUCCUGCAGGAGUCUCCCCUACUGUCAUGAACUUGCACAGAGGAAUCCUCAACAUCCUUCAGCUCAACCUAAAGAAGACCCAGAACAUCUAUGAACUGCAAGAGGCUGGAGUUCAGGGAGUGUGCAGGACCCACUAUGUCAUCAAUGAGGAUCCAAAGGCCAACCACAUUAUUGUCACCAAGUCUAAGGAUCUGAGCCACUGCAAGGAGAGAAUCAUGAAGGAUAUUGGCUUGACGUACACUGAGAAGUGUGUUGAAUGCACCAAGAGGGACAAGAGUUUGGUUGAAGCAGCAGUUUACAACUACAUCAUGAAACCAGCUGCCAAUGGUGUACUGAUCUCAGAGGCAACAGUUGAGGAACUGUAUCAGUACUCACCCUUCAAUGAGAUCCAUGGUGCUGCCCAGAUGGAAGCAAAACAAACCUUGGCUUUUGUUGAAAUUGAGAAGACCCCAAUUGUUCCCUUAGAAUCUGAUUAUUUGGCCCAUGGAUCCCUGCAGUAUGAGUUCUCAACUGAGAUUCUUCAGACUCCAAUCCAACUCCUGAGUAUCAGUGAUGCACAAGCCCAGAUCGUUGAGGUCUUAAAGCACCUGGUUGAAAACAAUGUGGCCAUGGUCCAUGAUGAUGCUCCGCUUAAGUAUCUUCAGCUCGUCCAGCUCCUGCGUGUUGCCACCCUGGAGAAUAUUGAGGCUAUCUGGGCUCAGUUCAAGGACAAACCCAUUUACAGGCACUGGCUUUUGGAUGCUCUUCCUGCUGUUGGCACACCAGUAAUUGUAAAAUUCCUCAAGGAGAAAUUCCUUUCUGGUGAAUGUACCAUUGCUGAGUUCAUUCAGGCUCUUGUGGUUGCUCUGCAAAUGGUCACAGCUGAUUUGGACACCAUCCAGUUGACUGCUAGUCUGGCAAUGCACGAGAAAAUCGCUACAAUCCCAGCUCUGCGUGAAGUUGUCAUGCUUGGAUAUGGUUCCAUGAUUGCCAAGUACUGUGUUGAAGUUCCUAAUUGCCCUGCAGAGCUCCUCAGGCCCCUCCAUGACACUAUGGCAGAAGCCAUUGCCAAGAAUGAUAUUCAUGAAAUGACUUUGACCCUGAAAGUUCUGGGCAAUGCUGGUCACCCUGCUAGUUUUAAAACUAUCAUGAAACUCCUGCCAGGACUGAGAACUGCAGGUGCUUCUCUGCCCAUUAGAGUCCAGGUUGAUGCCAUCAUGGCCAUGAGGAACAUUGCCAAAAAAGAGCCCAAAUUGGUUCAGCCAGUGGCCCUGCAGCUCUUAUUGGACAGGGCUCUCCACCCUGAAGUGCGUAUGGUUGCUUGUAUUGCAUUGUUUGAGACCAGACCCUCAGUGGCUCUCAUCUCCAGUCUUGCUGGUGCUUUAAUGAUUGAGACUAAUAUGCAGGUUGCAAGCUUUGCCUAUUCCCACAUCAAGUCAUUGGCCAGAAUCACUGCUCCUGAUAUGGCAACUGUUGCUGGGGCAGCUAAUGUUGCCAAAAAGCUCUUGAACAACAAGUUGGACAAGCUUAGCUACCACUUCAGCAGAGCCCUUCAGCUGGACAUCUAUCAUACUCCUCUUAUGAUUGGAGCUGCUGGUAGUGCCUACAUAAUCAAUGAUGCUGCCACCAUCCUGCCUAGAGCUGUAGUAGCAAAAGCACGUGCCUACCUUGCUGGAGCUGCUGCUGAUGUUCUUGAGAUUGGUGUAAGAACUGAAGGAAUCCAGGAGGCUCUUUUGCAAUCUCCAGCAGCAGAUGAAAGUGUUGACCGUAUCACCAAGCUAAAGCGCACCCUAAGAGCACUCACAAACUGGAAGGCUCUGCCAAACAAUCAGACUUUGGCUUCUGUCUACAUCAAAUUUCUUGGACAGGAAGUGGCUUAUGUGAACAUUGACAAAACCAUCAUUGAACAAGCAAUACCGAUGACUACUGGACCCAAACCACGUGAACUGUUGAAGGAGGCCCUGAAAGCUUUGCAGGAAGGAAUUGCAUUGCAGUAUGCCAAACCCCUACUAGCAGCUGAAGUACGUCGCAUCUUUCCAACAGCAGUUGGUGUGCCCAUGGAGUUCAGUUUCUACACUGCUGCAGUUGCUGCUGCAUCUGUCAAUAUUCAGGCUACCAUUACACCUCCUCUCCCUGAGCAGCCUGAGACCAUCACUCUUGAGCAGCUGAAGAGGACUGAUGUUCAAUUCCAAGCAGAAGUUAAACCAAGCAUUGCUCUGCAGACCUUUGCUGUGAUGGGAGUUAACACUGCCUUGAUUCAAGCUGCUGUUAUGGCCAAAGGAAAGAUCCGUACAAUUGUCCCUGGAAAAGUUUCAGCAAGAGCAGAUAUUCUCAAGGGCAAUUACAAGGUGGAGGCUCUGCCUGUUGAGGUUCCUGAACAUAUUGCUACUUUGAGCUUUGAGACUCUUGCUGUGGUCAGAAACAUUGAAGAUCCCUCUGCAGAGAGAAUUGUUUCUUUGGUACCUGAAUUGUCCAUGCAAAAGACCUCUUAUGCUGGUGACCGUUCCUCUGAGAACACUGAUCCUGAAAUGCCUGCUGUGAGAACUGCUACUCCAUUCCACAAGACCCUCUGUCUUGCUGUCCCAUACAUUGAAAUGAAGGGAUGCAUUGAGGUCCAUUCUCACAAUGCUGCUUUUAUUGAGAAUGUUCCUCUAUUGUACAUAAUUGGACAGCACUCAGCCCAUGUUUCAGUAGCAAGAGGUGAAGGUCCUGCAGUUGAAAAACUCGAGCUUGAGGUUCAAGUUGGCCCUAGAGCUGCUGAGAGGCUCCUUAAGCAAAACAACCUUGUUGAUGAGGACACUCCAGAGGGAAAGAGCAUCCUGUUGAAACUGAGGGAAAUCCUGGAGACUGAAGCGAAAAAAGUUCCUGUUUCUUCUGAAAGCAGCAGUAGCCGCCGCAGCCGCAGCAUCAGUUCCAGCAGUUCAAGCUCCUCCAUGUCCCGCUCUCGUAUAACUAAGACUGCCACCAUGAUUGAGCCCUUCAGGAAAUUCCACAAAGAUCGGUUCACGCCACACCGUGGAGCCUCAAAGGCAGUUAGCAGUGGAAGCACUGGAUCUAGCUUUGAGGAUAUUCAGAAACAGGCUAAGUUCCUCGGAAAUUCUGUUCCACCUGUUUUUGCUAUCAUUGCCCGUGCCGUAAGAGCUGACCAAAAGCUGAUGGGCUACCAACUUGCUGCCUACUUUGACAAGCCAACUGCAAGAGUGCAGCUCAUUGUUUCCUCAAUUGCUGAAAAUGACAACUUGAAGAUUUGUGCUGAUGGUGUUCUGCUCAGUAAACACAAAGUCACUGCCAAGUUUGCUUGGGGUCCAGAGUGUCAACAAUAUGCUGUUACUGCUAAAGCUGAGGCCGGUGUUCUCGGAGAAUUCCCUGCUGUCCGUCUAGAGCUGGAAUGGGAGAGGCUUCCAAUAAUUGUCACCACCUAUGCCAAAAAGCUGACUAAGCACAUCCCUAUGGCAGCUCUCCAGGCUGGAUUCAAGCUUGAAAGAGCCACGAACAGUGAGAAAGAGGUUGAUCUGACCGUGGCCUUGCCAACCCAGAGGACCCUGAAUAUCAUGGCUAGGAUUCCAGAGAUGACACUGUCAAGGAUGGCUGUUCCUCUCCCUGUUGCUGUUCCCAUCAAUCAGGAUGGAACUUUUUCUAUUCAUAUUGAUAUAGAAACUCUUCAGAACCCAGAACUACUUAUAGAUAAAAUAACUAAUUAAGUUAACUAAUAUCCACAU